AACAACUAUUUUUUCCCUUCAUCUGGCCUUAUUUGCUACAAUCACGGUUUCGCCCCAGUGGUUUUUCUUUAUUAUAAAUCGAACACGCUUUCAUCAAGAUAGCCAUUUUCACGUAGUGUUUUAAAAUAUGAGCAAGCGCAGCCACGUGGAAGUUUCCGUUGAGGAGUUGCUUAUGAUAUUUAGAAGUUACUUGAUUCAUAAAUGCAACUGGCCUCUUAUCCUUGCGGAUAUAAGAAGUAACAUUAAUUUUCUUCCGGAAAACGCAAGGACUCUGUACAUGGAGGGGGCAUUCGAGAAACUGAAAAGAAGAAUGUCGGAUCAGGUCAGACGAUAUAUGAAGGACGACAGCGUCAAGAUUGAAAAUCCAGAAUUACUCUCCAUUGUAACCACACUGAGAGCAUCAGACAAGCGGUAUAGCGAAAAACUGACGCCCUCUGACAGAUAUCAAAAGAGUGUGACAUUUGGUCGCUGCACGGACGUCCCCUCCGCGGUGGAAGAUUCUGGGGAUUCUGAGCCCAGUUGUAGUAAGCCAGAUAAGACAAGCACACCUGUCAAGGAUACCGCAGUUCCAGCCAAAAAUACAGCAUCAACAAGCUAUCAACCAGAUAGGAAACGAGCGAUACCAGUAUCUGAAGCAGAUGAUACGGAUUCUGAGAUCGAGCAACAACAACCCUUGAAGAGGAAAAAGUCCACAUCUGAACUAGCCAGGAUGUGCUAUGAGAACUAUCUAGAGAGGCUUCCCCAGAAUGCUGAAUUAGAAAAGAAAAUGUAUUUAUGCAUGGACAAAUUCCUCAACAUGUAACAUUUUAUUUCAAGGAAAAU